AUGAGCGGAAGAGGACUUUUGGAUUGUGAGUGUCUGGGCACUAUCAAUGGAUUUGGGAUUGGCUAAACAAUGAAGCCCCGAUCUAUCAGGUUCUUCAAAAAAAUUCUAGUUUUGGAAAUUAUUGGAGUUCUGGGGGCAUACACUUUGUAUCACAAAAUGAACUCAAGUGAAGAUUUCAGACAUAAAAUGAAACGAAGGUGGCCAUCUAUUCUGGAAGUUUAUUACAAGAGUAAUGAGUGGGCUGGUAUUUAUGGGAUCAGAGAGAGGGAUGAAGAGAAAUGGCUUACAAAAAAACCUUAAAAUGGUUUGUGCCUGAAUGUCUUUUUCUGCCUGAUGAUACUUUUCACAUCUUUAUUGUGAAUCCACUUGUCACGUUCUGCCUCCCACUUGAGCUGUUUGAAAUCUAACAGAGGAAGACAAUGAAUAAAUUAGAUGAGUCAAUCGAAUAAGUACUCUUUAAACUUGAAAGCAAAGUUUUCUAUUGGGAUGCAAAGAAUUUCUUAGGCAAGCAUUCAAAAGAUCAAAGCAUGAAUACUCUUGUUGAAUUUUUUCAUUAAAAAAAACAUGUAAGAGGUAUAUAAAAA